UCACGGCCUUAAUAUAUCUCCGUCGCCGAUUCGGGCCGUUCCAAAAAUGGACGACUUUUUUCGCUUCGAGGAUUCUGGCGACUUGGAGGAGGACUGGACUCCGUCAAACGCCGGCUUUACCUCCCCAAGUCACCGCAGUUUGGCGCCUUCAGAACCAAUUGCAGAGACAUCCGCAGAUGAUGAUGAAUACAGUGAUGAUUUUGAUACAAACUAUUAUGAUGACAUGUUCUACGACGACGACACAGAGGAGACACAGGACGAUGAAGCCGACUCAGACCGGAACGCUGGCCCGGCAGCCAAUGAGGACCCAGCAUGGGAAGACUUGGGCCCAUGGAGAGCUCCCGUAGAGACUCAGCCAGAAGACCCCAGUCCUUCACAAGCUGCAAGUCCCGCAGCGAACGAGGAGGAUCCAGCAGUCCUGGAAGAACAGGGUGAAUCAGAGGCUCAUGAUCCUCAAGAUGAUGUUUAUAGUGAUGACUUUGUCGAUGAGGAGACAGAUCGCGCAACCUCUCGCCAUGCACUCACCAGCCGCACAGUGACAGCAGAGGAUGAUGAUGAUACGGCUUGGGAAGAUUUGGGGCCAUGGAGAGCACCAGAGACAGAGCCACAACAGGAAGAUCCUGGUCCAGCAGACACCACGGUCACCGAUGGGCCAAAGGAGACGACGGAAACAACCGAAACAGCAGUGAGCGCAAACCAAGAUCCAGCAGAUCCAGCAGAUCCAGCAGUCCAGGAACAGGGUCCCUGGAGACCGUCAGAGACAGAUCUGGAAAAUGCAGGUGAAUUGGAGGCUCACGAUCCUCAAGGUGAUGCUUAUAGCGACGAUUUUGCCGAGGAGACAGACUACGAAGCCUCUCGUCAUAUGCCCACCAGCCGCACUGCGACAACAGAGGAUACGGCUUGGGAAGAUUUGGGGCCAUGGAGAGCACCAGAGACAGAGCCACAACAGGAAGAUCCUGGUCCAGCAGACACCACGGUCACCGAUGGGCCAAAGGAGACGACGGAAACAACCGAAACAGCAGUGAGCGCAAACCAAGAUCCAGCAGAUCCAGCGGAUGCAGCAGAUCCAGCAGUCCAGGAACAGGGUCCCUGGAGACCGUCAGAGACAGAUCUGGACAAUGCAGGUCCAGCAGACACCACGGUCACCGAUGGGCCAAAGGAGACGACGGAAACAACCGAAACAGCAGUGAGUGCAAAUCUAGAUCCUGCGGAUCCAGUCUGCUGGGAGGAACAGGGUCCCUGGAGACAGCCAGAGGAUACCAGUGUGGUCGAUCCCGGUCCAGCAGACACCACGGUCACCGAUGGGCCAAAGGAGACGACGGAAACAACCGAAACAGCAGUGAGUGCAAAUCUAGAUCCUGCAGAUCCAGUCAGACAGCCAGAGGAUACCAGUGUGGUCGAUCCGGGCCCUGCGCAGACUACAACGACCACCGGAGCCACCGGAGCCACCGAGACCGAGCACGGCGCUCAGCACUUCUCCACGGCCGAUGUCGAGCCGGACAGCCCAGCCGAAGAGGCUAAAGAGGAGCUGAACAUGACUCUGCAGCAAAAGCGCUUGAGGUUUGAAGGAAGGUCUCAAACCGUGAAAGUCUCCAAAAAGGUCAAGAAAAAGGCUCAUCCGGAGGCCACUCGAUUCUUGGAGAACCUUCGAGAGAUGGGAGGUGGAUCCGCCGGAGUCGCAUGGCGGCGGCUCUUUGACAACGACGAAGUGAAGUUUGACGACUUCUGCGGUGCUCUGGUGACCCUCCACUUCUCAGGAGACGUGAUUCGACUCUGGCAUGAGCUUGCUGGACCUUCCACACCCAACUUGAAGUUUGAGGCAGUUGAUAGAGAUAGUGCUGCUAUCCUCAAAGCCUUCAAGGCAUGGUGUACCCUGGUGAAGAACGGAACAUUGGAGGUUUUUCGAGCCAUCGACCAGGCCUGUGAGGGCAGUGAUUCCUUGACGUCUGAGAAGUUCGUGGAUGGCUUACAAAACCUGGGAUUUUUCCGUCCAUCAGCCACUCUGUUGAAGGAUGACAUCUGGCGGAAAUUGGACACGCGGGAAGCUGUGCUGCAGAACUUGUGGCCCAUGUUGGACCAGCAUUGCCGCGGCUGCAUCACCACGGACUCCCUCCUGUUCUUGGAGAAGGAUCCACAAAAGCGAGCCUCCGUGCUCCGAGAGAGGACCAGGCGUCGAAUGAAGAGACGUCCACCCGAGGCGCACAAGAGCGAGAAGAUCAUUCACAAGCUGGUCAUGGAGACCACAGCCAUGGGCAACAAACAUUGGUCACAAAUUCCCGAGGGACAUGUGGCAGUGGGGCGACCCCGCAGUGGCCCAGUGCUACCGAAGGUGAAGCGUCCGAUUCCACGCGCGGUGUCAGCCCCGGAGAUCGGCAGUGAUCUGAAGUUUCUAGAGGACCAGGAUGACCUCCUUGCCGCGAAAGCACUGGCUGAAGCAGCAACUCCAUCAGCCCUCGAUGAGGUUGAAGAAGGCUCCACCACUUCAGGAAAUCGCCCAGUGGGUCCUGACUGGCCUCCUGCAUUGCUGAAGGAAGAGAGGAAGGCCCCGAAGGCCUUAUUGGCGCCCAGCUAUCGCCGAGCUUAUUGUGGAAGUUUGGUGCCGUUGCCCAGCCUCCGCAAGGUAGGUCACGAGCCAAAGAUGCUGAUGGAGCUCGGUGACAAUCCUUUGAAGACUCGUAGAUCGAAGGCGCCUUCCAAAUUUGAUCCUAGCUUGCUUAACAGCUUCCUGACGUCUGCUCAGGAAAGCAUUUGGCAGCACUACUUUGGAGCAUCUGAAGCCUCUCAAGGUAGCGACUUGCUGAUGCUUGAGUCUGGCUCAGCGGGAUGAAAAUCGAUGAAAACCCGGAAUUGGUGCCGUUGAUCCUCCACACUGAAGUGAUCUAAAGUGGGUGGUGC